AUGGUCGUGCUCACUGCCGAUGUUGUCUAUAAUCGCCUUCAAGACAUCAAAAAUCCAACCCAAGAGGCUAUUGAGACUAUGUCACUAUGGAUCAUGCACUAUAAAGACAAAGCAUCGAUAGACUUGAUUGUUGACGGAUGGCUCAAUUGCUUCAAAACAGCUGGAACAGAUAGUAAGCGAAUCGCUUUGUUCUACGUCAUGAAUGAUGUCGUGCAGAAAGCUAAAAUAAAACAUGCUGACACCAUAAUUCCAGCUUUUCAGCCAGCUGUGCUCACUGCUGUGGCGACAGGAAGAAAGCAAGAUAAAGUGAAAGACGUUAUGAAGCGAUGCAUUCAAAUUUUCAAAACUCGAGGUGUUUUUUCUUCACAAAGCACAACUGCAAUGGAGAAUCUUCUCGCCCAAUUAGCAUCGGAUGCAGAUGAAGGAUACGAAGCUGAAGAUCAAGCUCUAGAGGUAGAUUCCGAGGAUUUAUUGAAGAGAAUUUCAAAUUUUGUAUCUGCACGAAACGUAAUCAGUGACAUGAUGAAAUUUGUGAACGAGGGAGAUUUCGAUUACAAGGAGAAGUGCAAAAGUGGAAUAAAAGACCGUGAAGAAGGCGCUCAUAUUCUACAAGAAGUACAUGAAGCUAUUGAUACCAUGGUACAAGUGCGCCAUUCCAUGGAAGACCAAAAAAAGAAGAUGAUGGCUCUAUCGGAAACUUUAGAACUUGCAAAGCGUGUCUUCCUACACCAGAAACGAGAAGUGCUCGUAGUCGAGGAAGCGUAUAUCAACUUCCGUGAUGGAAUCAAAGCGGUCCAUUCUGAUCUAGUUGAAAUGGAGGAAAAAGGUGUCUAUCCUGGUGUUUUAUCUCCACAAGAAGAAGACAAUCAUCUCCUAUAUUCGAAUCGUCAGCAAGGUGGUUGGGGGGACAAUCGUAAUCAAGUAGAUAUGGAAAUGGAUGAUGACGAGCGACCACAAGCUCCUAUGAUGAAACCUCAUUUGCAAGCACUCGUUGGAAUAUCAUCUCAGCCUUCUCUCCAAUCUAGAAUCAUGCAGUUGGGACUCCAAAAGAUAGCCGAUGGCGAUGAGGAUAUGUUCCACCAGCAGACUAUGGCCGCUCCCAGCGAAGAGUCGAUGAAUAAAGCUUCAACAACUUUUCAAGAUCGGAAUCUGUCUGCACCAUCAGCUCCAAUCAACAUUAAUCAAUUCUCUGUGCCGCCACCAGCUAUACCGUCAAAUGUACCAGAUCCGAGACUGCGGGCUGGCACUGAAGGUCCUUCUCAAUAUGCUCUAGCUCUUCAACAACACGGUCUUCCGCCACUGGCUCAGCACACUGAGAAGAAAGCUCCGCCUCAUGCGGUCGCUCCUGCUUAUCAACCUCCAUUUGAUCAAGCCCAACGCGAUCCAAGAUGUAAGAAUACUUUGUUGUUUUUUUUCCAAAUUUCAAUCUUUAUAGUUCCACAACACAAUCAACCACCGCCGACCCAGCUCGUACAAAUUCCACAACCGUCAGCUGUCGGGUACCAGGCACAGUUUGAGCAGAGAGAUCCGAGAAUUUCUCAUCAGACAGGGCAACAAGUCUAUCCACAUUCAUUCGAUGCUCAAAAACCGCCACUCAAAUCUCCAACGGUGCAAACUGGACCGUAUCAGGCGAGAUUCGAGUCCUCACAAAUUUCCCCUCAAGUUAUGACCCAAUCGCAAAUGAACCAGUAUCAUCAACAGUCGUUGGCUGGAGCAUACAAUAGACCACCACCACCUCAACCACAUCUUCAGCAGCAACAACAACAACACCAGAUUCAUCAGCAACCUCAACGAGGAUAUACAGAUUAUCACUCUGGUGGCGGUGAUCGCAGAGAAGACCGAUUCAAUAGGCGUGAUGAUCGUGGGCGCAACAAAUAUGACGACCGUAGAAAUCAUGACUAUGAUGAUCGCAGAAAGUCAGCUCCGUAUCCAAGAGGUGGUGGUGAUCGGUGGAAAAACGGUGGAGGCUCGUAUAAUGACCGUGGCCGUAACGAUCGGGACUGGAGAGGUGGAAGUCGCGGAGGUGGUUAUGACAACAGAUACUAG